AUGGAACCUAAGCAGUCAAUUUCUUCUCAAAUUCCACUUAUAUCGUUCAUUGGGAUUUCGUAUGCUCUACAGAUGAUUCCUAGAAAAAAGAAAACAGGGACUGUUCCUGUGUAUUUAAACGUAUACGAUCUCACUCCCAUCAAUGGUUAUGCUUAUUGGGUUGGCCUUGGUGUUUAUCAUUCUGGUGUUCAAGUUCAUGGUGUAGAAUAUGCAUUUGGGGCACAUGAGCAUUCGACAACGGGUAUAUUUGAAGUGGAACCAAGAAAAUGCCCUGGAUUUACAUUUAGGAAAUCAAUCUUGAUUGGAAGAACAGAUUUUGGUCCACGAGAGGUUCGUGGAUUUAUUGAAAAAUUGGCAGGAGAAUAUUCGGGAAAUAGUUAUAAUUUGAUUACAAGAAAUUGUAAUCACUUUUGCAAUGAUAUGUGCUUAAGGUUGACCAAAAGGCCGAUUCCUAGUUGGGUCAAUAGACUAGCUCGACUUGGUUUUCUUUGCAAUUGUGUUCUUCCUGCUGGUUUAAACGAGACAAAAGUGAGACAAAUUAGAGCCGAAGAUGGUUCUAAUAACGAGAAGAAGCUAAGAAGCCAAUCAAGCAGAUACACGUCAGCAUCUAAACCUGAACCACAAUUAUCUUCUCGUUCUUCAAGUUCAUCAACAAGAAAAAGUCAAUCUAUGGGAACAAAGUCAAAGACUUUAUUUAAUCAGAAAGUGUAAGGAAACUCGAAAUUAUCGCAUAUUUUUGCUCAUGUAAGGUUCUUGAUAAGUUUGUUCUUGAUUGGAUGAACAAUAAUGCAUUAUUAUUAUUAUAAAAAAAUUUGUUGAAGUUGAAGAUUUCAGUCUAAAGAUUUGUGGGUAAGUGUUAAUAUUUUGGAAAAGGGUGAGAUUUAUUUUGAAUAUUAAGUUGGUGGAAUGUAUAUUGGAUCUAAGUGAAGUGGCUAUAAAGCACAUUGUUAUGGGGGGUGUCAGAGAGAAACAUGCAUGGUGUGGAUUGUUUAAGGAACU